UUAGGCACCCUGUCUUUAACUGAAGCUAAACUGAAAUAUCUACUGUGUGCCAAACACUUGAUUCAAAGUCCAUGCAGAGACAUCCCAGCAUCCAGCAGGUAGGAGCAACAAAAACAUCCCCAGGCACAAUGAGUACAUUCAACAGUGAGGAAACAGUGAAAGCUGCAGAAGAAAUAUUAGCGAACAGGGAGGUACAUGCUGAGAGGUUAGAGCAUCUCAGAGAGGCAAGAGGAGAGACAGAAGUGGAUCAGCUGGGUAAGAAAAAGGCUGUCUUAGUAGAUGGUGUUAUACUCAAUGGUCCGAUUCUCAAUUCUAAAGCUGGAGAACAGUUUGUUGAAGAGGCAUUCCCAAUCAUCAUGGAGGAGGCUAUAAGAAAAGCUACAGAUGUUAAUGAAAAGGUCUGCGAAUGGCAGCCUCCAGAAAAGCUAAAGGUACUGCUUGACUUGGAGUUGCGGGAUAGAGGAGAGCAGCAUCAGAGACUUCUGCAGCACUGCCGGGAUGCUAUACGGUACAGCGUUAAAACAGGUCAUCCAAGGUUCUUCAAUCAGCUGUAUGCUGGCAUGGAUCAUUACUCUCUAGUUGCCCGUUUUAUUACCGAAACACUGAAUCCUAGUGUGUAUACAUAUGAGGUAUCCCCAGUAUUCAUUUUAAUAGAAGAAACUGUCUUAAAGAAAAUGGUGGAAAUCAUAGGCUGGAAAGAAGGAGAUGGCAUUUUCUGUCCAGGAGGUUCUGUUUCCAAUAUGUAUGCUGUGAACCUAGCCAGGUACAAGUACUACCCAGAGAUCAAGGAAAAUGGACUUUCGGCAGCACCAAGACUUGUUAUGUUUACAUCUAAAGAGAGCCAUUAUUCUGUGCAAAAAGCAGCAGCUUUCCUGGGUAUUGGCACUCGUAAUGUUUAUGUUGUUUCUACAGAUGAAUGUGGGAAGAUGAUACCUGAGGAACUAGAGCAACAAGUCCAAAAGGCGAAAACAGAGGGUGCUGUACCAUUCCUGGUGUGUGCCACGGCUGGCACAACUGUACUUGGAGCCUUUGAUCCCUUAGAUACCAUAGCAGAUAUCUGUGAGAAGCAUGGACUGUGGUUUCAUAUUGAUGCAUCUUGGGGUGGUGGAGCUCUCAUGUCUAGAAAAUAUCGUCAUCUUCUUAAAGGCAUUGAAAGGGCUAACUCUGUUGCCUGGAAUCCACACAAAAUGCUGAUGGCCGGUUUGCAGUGUUCUGCUUUUCUGGUGAGAGAGAAUUUGGGUCUGCUACAAAAAUGCCACUCUGCCAAGGCCUCAUACCUGUUCCAGCAGGAUAAGUUUUAUGAUGUCAGUUAUGAUGUAGGUGAUAAAUCCAUUCAGUGCAGCAGACGAGGUGAUGCAUUUAAGUUCUGGUUGAUGUGGAAAGCGAUUGGAACAUCUGGUCUGGAAGAAAGAGUGAAUAGAGCUUUUGCCAUGACAAGGUACCUAAUUGAAGAAAUUAAGAGAAGAGAAGGAUUCCAACUUAUCCUGGAGCCUGAGUUUAUCAAUGUCUGCUUCUGGUACAUCCCACCCAGCCUGAGGAAGAUGGAAGAAAGCCCCAUGUACUGGCAGAAGCUUCAUGCAGUUGCUCCAGUAAUCAAAGAGAAGAUGAUGAAAAAGGGCAGUGUGAUGAUAGGUUAUCAGCCUCACAAAGAGAAAGUCAACUUCUUCCGCCAGAUUGUUAUCAGUCCACAGGUCAGCAGAGAGGAUCUGGAUUUCCUUCUGGAUGAGAUUGAGGACCUUGGCAGUGACUUAUAGUAGAAGAACUGAAAUUACAAAUCUAGGCUGAUUCUUCCCAAAGGAAAAAAAUGUGUACAACCAUUUUUCACACAGACAACACACGCACAUGCACACGCACACGCACACACACA